GCUAAGGUUAGGGUUUUUUAAAAGUUAGAUCGAACUCCAUGAUCAAGGAAAAGGUUUUCUCAAUAAGAUUGCACAUAUGAAAUCGCUAUCACUCACAAUUCAAAACCUAUGAGAAAGCUUCAAGCUUCACACAGACAAAAGACAAUAUCCCAUCCCUUUAGUCAAAGAGACACAAAAACAAUAUUUUGAAUCCACACAACCUAGGAAUACUUGCAGUUAGAUAUUAUACAUUUAUUACAUGAUAGUGAGGGAGAUAUGAAGAUUUAUUCACCCAAGAAAAAUUAUAUUCCACAAGGGCAACAAAACCGAAACAAAGCAAGACUACAAAAAUGCAUUUGAAAUUGGAGUCCGCUCAUCUAUACAUUGCAUAAAGCUGAGAUCGCCCCAACGGUAACACGUACAGCGUCAUUAACGUAUUACGGUAGAGGGUACAAACAGUGCUCGAGCUGGGCUUCGCUGUUUUCGCCAAUGGUGAAUUUUUUUUCAAAAAUGGCGGGGAAAAAAUUAAAGUGGCGAUAAUCCCUUUUUGCAAUAAUUUGUAUUUUAAAAUCUGUCUUGUGUUUUCCUUUGUUGCCUGUUUGUUUAUGCAGUCAAAAUCUGUUUACUCAGUCAUCGUGUGUGACCGGAAAUCUCGUGUCGCCCCAGUGCACACAGAGCUGGUCACGAAGGCCAGAUAAUAGCCUCAGGUAAUCUAUGGCUGCAAAAAAGUCGGUGAUUAUGUAAUAAAGUACAUUGGACAGCUGUACGUGUACCCUGCUGUGGUCAAUUGUUUAACAUUUAAAAUCUUAAUUCAUUAUCGUGUUAUCAUCUCCACAUUAAUGUCAAUUCUUAACCACAGAACCGACCGGUAAUUAAAUUGACCGUAUUAUUGUGUAUAAUGUAUAUACAAUUGGCCAAGCUCGUUGAUUACAAGAUUUUGAUUUAGAUGUGUUUGAUAUGGACAUAGCAAUUUUGAUAAAUAAUUUUCUUUGAAGUUCGGUGCACAUUUACAGUAUAAAAAUGCUAAUCUCACAAGACUAUGCACCCAUUCUAUUUUGACACUAAACUUGUAGCUUCUGACCCUAGUCAGUCUAAAAUUAAAAAAAAUAUAUCUAUGUUUGGCUUUACAGACAACCCAACCGGCCAUCUGAUUCUGUCCUAAUUGCAAAAUCUAGCUACCAUACCAAAACGGAAAUUUAAUAGGGAAUGGUUGAGAUACGACUCUAAAUUGGGCUUGAUGUUUUGGGACAUCUGCAUUUCGAGCAAUGUACACAAUGUUUUCACUGAGGGGUGUAGCAUCAUGAAGUUUAUAUUUAUAUGAUUUAUUAUCUGAUUUUUUAUUUCCACAAUAGAAUUCAAUUAUCAAACAAAUCAACUUAUUAUUUCAGAAAGAAGUGUUUAGGUAUGGUAGCUGGGUAUGAUUAAGUAAUGUAGCUGAUUCCAAAUGCUAAAAUCAGUGUAAUGAAUAAAAUAAUAUGAUGGAAAGAAUUGUAAAGCAUGAGAUUAUUUGCGCCACGCCGCACCCCGAAAAAGUGGCGAAAGGGAAUUUUGGUCCAGUGGGAGCACUGGGUACAAACAAUGAAACAGUGAUAUGAUAAUCAGUUUUUGUAUUUCCAUUCUCAUUGAAUGCUGAUUUACUUGCUAGUUUUCGUAUCAACCAAAACCAGGCCCGCAUAUUUUGUGCCUUAAUAUGAGCUAUGAAAGUACAAUGACUCGGAUUUAUUGUACGUCACAAUAAACUAUGUCUACCUUGCUGUAAAAUGUAUGGAAAAUGCACAAGGUUGCCCAAGAGAUAAAUAUGAUGGGGAGAUAUGAUGUUUGAGAGGGAGAUAUAAGAGAUUACGUACGUUUUGCAUAGAAUUCUCAUACUGAGGUAUAAUAAUACACAUUUAUUACAUGAUAAAGAGGGAGAUAUGAAGAUUUAUUCACCCAAGAAAAAUCGUUGCCCUCAGGGAAUAUGAUUUUUCUUGGGUGAAUAAAUCAUCAAAUCUCCUCACUAUUUUGCAAUAAAUUGUUUAUUAUACCAAAACAAAGCAAGUUAGACUAAAAAAAAUGCAUUUGAAUUGAAAUUAGAGUCUGACUCAUCUAUACAUUGUAUGUAGCUGAGAUCACCCCAACAGUAACACCGUGCCAUCAACGUAUUAGAAGGUAACAAACAACGAAACACAAUGAUAUGACAAUCAGUUUUUGUAUUUUCAUUCUCCUUGAAUGCUGAUUUACUUGCUUGUUUUAGUAUCAACCAAAACAAGGCGAUUAAACUGUGUAUCACAGACCUGCAUAUUUUGUUCCUUACGAACUAUGAAAGUGUACAAUGACACAGACUUAUUGUGAUGUCACAAUACACUUCGUUUACCUUGACAUUAAAAUGGAAAAUGCAUGAGGUUGCCCAAGGAGUGAAAUAUGAUAGGGAGAUAUUAUGUUUGAGAGGAUCGAGAUAUGAAGUUUUAUCAUCCCUGGCACGUGACUGUCUAGACCAAUCAGAUUACGUGUUGCAUUUAGAAUUCUCAUACUGAGGUGUAAUAAGAUUCAAUGUGACCCUGCUAAUUUUGAAAAUAAUUUCCUGUAUAUUCCAACAUAAAUUUUGAUGUCCUGUAUUGUGGCCCCCACCUUACCCCCUCGGGCCCCUGAAUUAAACAAACUUGAAUUUGCACUACCUGAAGAUGCCUGCAUAUCGAUAUGAAUAUAAUCAUGGUCCUGCUGGUCUUCAGAAGAUUUUUAAAGAUGGUUCCCUACAUAUAUCCACAUAAAACUUUGACCCCCUAUUGUAACCCCACCCUAUCCCAAGGGGUCUUGAUGUGAACACACUUGAAUCAUCUUUCUUGUAAAUUUCAAAUUUCCAGGCCCAGUGGUUCUUGAGAAAAAUAUUUUUUUCAAAUGCCCCACACCCUCAUUUAAAAACGAUUGUGGCACUAAUCAAUGGAACAAACUUGAAUCCUUUAUACCAAUACAUGCUCUGUGGCAAAUUUGGCUAAAAUUAGCCCUAUAGUUCUGGAGAAGAUGUCGAAAAUGUAAAAAGUUAACUGAUGGAUGAACAGAUAGAAAGAUGAUAGACAAAAAGUGAUAAGAAAUUCAGCUCAAGUGAGUAAAAAAAACCAGUGACAUUUAAAAGUUAUGAUUUAAUCCAAUCUUGGAACAUAUUUCAUUUAGAUAUCUAAUGUUUGGCCUGUAUAACUUCCACAUAAUACAUUGAUAAAAUGAUACAUACUCAGUCAUUUCAAAUAAUAGUAUCAAACUGUUCUACAGAAAUUCUGAAAAAAGAUUUCACAAAUAUGUUUAUAAAAUAGAAAAUGCUUUCAAAACGGUAAAUGGGGUGGAAUUUACCUUUGUUAAGAGACUUUAUCAAUGUCUGCAAAACUUGAUAGAGGGGCGCAAAAACAUACAAUUAUCAAACUUAAGGUUAAACUGCAAGGUUGCUGAAAUGAAUUGGAUACUUCUGUAAUACCCAAUCCUCAAAGAAAACAUGGUUAUAAUUUGUAAAACUGAUUUGCAAGCAUCAUAACAUUCAGUGACAACAGAUUUAGCUUGUCAUACUCCUUAGCUUUUUAUACCCAAUUAAAAAGGUCAAAUUGCAACAACUCAGGUGAAGGGGUAAAAUUGUAGCAACUCCAAUGAGAAAUAAAGAGGAGCCUUAUUGAAGUAAUGGAAUCAAUGGGACUUUUAAAUCAUUUUUCACUGCAAUAACUCAUAUUGCCAGAUAUCAUAAACAAUAAUCUAAUACAUGGUAUGAUGCCCACAGUACAUAAUACACCUGUGAAAAGCUAAUAUAGGGUUUUUUUCUUACACUAUGAUUUGUAGAACUUGGCUUCAAGUAGUAUCAGCAAUCAUCAGGGUGUGACAUUCUUUCUUUGCAUCUUAAAAUCAAGACAAAUCAUGUACUCUCUGUGUAGUAUUUUCACUUGGCACAGGAUGCAUCCUUGCCUCCAAAGGUUCCGUCUGUAUCCUGCUACUACAAACUUGACCUUGAGAAACAAUAGGCAUCCUCCACUUGGCAUAAAGUGGAUGUGUACAAAGUUUGAUGGUCCUAGCCCCAAAAGUUCGAUCUGUAUACUGCCUACAAGGUUUCCUAUUUAGUGAUACUGUGACCUUGACCUUUGACCUUCAAAAAUAAUAGGUAUCUCCCUUUCAUUAUGGUGAUCAAAUGUACCAAGUUACAAUAUCUUGGAGCUUACGGUUUGGUUUGUAUCCUGUCUACAAGGUUUUCCUUCCACUAUGGGAUACUAUGACCUUGACCUUAGACCUUGAAAAACACUGGGCAUCUUUCUCUCAUCAUGGUGAUCAAAUAUAUCAAGUUGUAAAAGCCAGGAGCAUACAGUUUGUUCUGUAUCCUACCCGCAAGGUCAGGACGGACAGACGGAUGAUCCCAUACCAUAACGUCCCAUCUUUGACGGGCGUAUAAAAAGGUUAAGCUAUAGGAAACUACCAAGAAAUUAAGAGCAUUUGCUUGCAUGAUGGGAUUUCGCCAGUUCACAGAGUUUAGGUAUUCAAUGUAUAACGAAAGGAUAUAAUGAACAAUUCUGAAUGAUUUAAAUCAAAUCGAGAGGUCCACAGGCCUUAUCAGUCACCCGAGUACUAGCUUAAAGUAUCACUAGUCCUAAGACUAUUUUUUGUACAUCCUUUCCUGCUUUUCAUAAAUAUGCAUUUAGUUUUUAUAUUGCAUUAGCAAACUUAAAAUCCUUCAAAUCGUUAUAAUAAUUUUGACACCAACCUGAAACUAAACACUUACCCCCUAUACUAGGAUCAUGGAAUUUACAAUUUUGGUAGAGGACUACUUGCUCCUUCUAAAUAUCCAUUUAGUCGCACUAAAGAAGAUGUUAUUUGAAUGUUUUAAACAUAAACACUAUCCAUCAAGUUUGGCCCCAACUUGGGGUUCAGAACCCCUAACCCGGGGAUCAUGAAAUUUACAAUUUGGUAGAGGCCUUCUUCCUGAGACUACAUCACUAUACAUUUAGUGCUUCUUACACAUGUGCAAUUCUAGAGAAAAUGUUUGAAAAUUGGGCAAUUUUGGGCAGUUUUUGCCCCUCCCCUAGGGCCCCAGGGGUGGACGAGUCCUGAAAUUUACUCAUCCCAAAGAUGCUAUUAUCAUACCAAAUUUGAAAAGAAAUGGAAUGGUAGAUAUCAAGAAGAAGUGAAAAAUUUCUAUUGUUCACACAUUUAAUAACUGACAAUUUUCGCCUCACCCUGAUACCAAAACCCCUACCCUAGCUGGGAUCAUCAAAUUUACGAUUUUGGUAAAAGACUUAACCUGCUCUUUCUAAAUAUCCAUUUAGUUCCAAUUUAGUAUUAAUAGCAAUAAAAAAGAUGUUAUUUAAGUGCUUUACAUAUAAACACUAUAUAUACCAAGUUUGGCCCCGCCCAAGCGUCAGAACCCCUACCCCGGGGAUCGUGAAAUUUACAAUUUUAAUAGAGGCCUUCCUGCUCUACAUCACUAUGAAUUUAGUUUUUCUUACACAUCUGUGGUUCUAGAGUAAAACAGAUUUUUGAAAAUUGGUCUAUUUUUGCCCUGCCCCUAGAGGUGCAGGAGUCCUGAAAUCUACAAUUUGUCUCCCUUGUCCAAAAGAAUUGCUUCAUACAAAAUUUGAAAAGAAAUGGAAUAGUAGUUAUCAAGAAAAAGUUAAAAAUGUUCAAUUGCUAAUGCACGACGGAUGACAAUUAACUGCAAUAGGUCAUCCGAGUUUACUCAGGUGACCUAAUUAAUGUUUAUUGUUAAAUAAUAAUGAAAGUGAAGUAGAUCAAAUUCACAUGAAGUCAGCUGCCAGGAAAAUGAUUAGAAGCUGACCUUUACACUUUUUGAAAGAAUCAUCUGCCCUUUGUAAAAAUAAGAAAAAUCUAAUUUACAAAAAUCUUUUGAAAAUAUUUAAAGAAAAGCUGCGCUUCCCAUGAAGACUUCAAUGUAAAAUUCUAGGUGAAAUAAAUCAAACAGCAAUAAAAUUUUUGCAAUUCCUAUGGUGGAGAAUUGAGUCAAUGAUAACCAAAAAAAUCUCACUUACUAGACAUGAAAUAUGGUCGUUAUACGUUGAAAACCUUACAUAUGAAUGAACAGAACAACAAAAUUAAUGUUUUAAAAAGGGCAAAUUUUCUUCCCUUGAUAUUUAGUGCAGCAAAGGUAUCUCGGAUAACACAUUUCCUAAACAUAUUAGCUCACAUUGCUUUAAUUGACAUCAGGAAGUACACAUCAUUACCAAUCCUUUGCCUAAUCAGCCAGGAGUAGAGCACUUAGAACACGAAGAAGCAAUUUACCUGAUUUAAAGUAUAGGUACAUACACCUAGAAAUAAACCAGGGCAAGCAAAAAAAAAAAUUCUUCUCAUGACUUCAUUCAGAAGCAUAUGUGGAAUGAAAACUAGUUUAAUAAAAUGCAAAAUUGUUGAUUUUUCCAUGAAAUUUCCCUUAACAGUUGAGCAUUCAUGAAUAUUUAUGAUAGGUUUACAAUUACUUUUGAUAUAUACUUCUUCAUGUUAGAUCAUUCCAUGUACAUCUAUUGCUUUUUAGAUUUGUUGUAAUAUUUCUUUCUUCAAUUUUCUAAUAUUUUAAACUCUUUAUUUUCAACAACCCUAUACGUCCUGGUGCAUGCAUGAAGUUGUACAAGGCCUUUUUCCGUUGCAGCAUAAUUUCCACAUUUCACUGUAUCCCACACACUAUAAAAUUUAAACUGCAGUGAAAAUUAAACGCAUUAGAUAUUUAUUUUUGAACACCUGUUGUGCUGAUAAGCACACUUUAGUGUGAAUUUUCAUAAAGUGUAUAUCAAAAUAACUAAAGAUGCAAUCAUAGCAUUCUAAUCAUUUUUCCAUACAAUAAAAAUUCAUCAACUGAAAUCCAAGUUUUCACAACAAUAGAGAAAAUGAGGAGUUUGACAGUGUGGGGACUUACUACACAGGGUCAUAAAAUCAGUCUGUCAAGAUGUUCUAGCAUAUGCAACUUGAGAUCGUGUGAAACUGUAAUUGCAAAUCAUUUUUGUCAAGAUAAUGAUAUUAAUUUUCCUAAAAAGAAAAAUUUGAAACUCUAAGUUAUGAAGGCAAAGUGUUUGAGAGGCAAUAUAGUCAUUAAGUUCAUAGUGAGUGUCAAAUUCAUGCUCGAUAUCUCAGCAGCCAGUUCUUCAUGGAUAUACUUGAUAGUUAUAUGAGCACAUCACUGGCCAGCAUGUGUACACAGACUGUGAUUCUUAAAUCUUACAGCAUGAAUUCUAAAUAAGUUGCUCCUGUGCAUUUGGUAAUUAUCAUGAUCAAUGUAUUCAAAUCUCACAAGCUUGUGUAUUAAUUUCUACACCCUUUACUCUGGUCAGAUAUUUCACCAAUAAGCUUAAAAACGUUAAAAACAAGAGGUACUGUGAGCAAUGCUCACUAAGAAUACCCCCCGCUUACCCCAAUCUCCCAAAGGGUGUUGGUAAUAGGUAUAAACUACCUCUUUUCUGAGUGUAAAAAACAAAUGGCAUGACAAACCGAACCACAUUGCUACAUCGAUGUCCAGUGCACGUGACCUUUGACCUUUUGACCCCAAAAUUGAUAGGGAACAUCUUCAUCCCAUGG